CUCCUAAGCUCCUCCGCCGGCGGAGGGCCAGGGUGAAGGGAUGGCCGGGCGAACGGUGCGGCUGGUGCUGCUGGUUGGGGCAGCCGCACUAGCAAGCGGCUCCCAGGGCGAUCGCGAGCCGGUGUACCGCGACUGCGUGCUGCGGUGCGAGGAGCGGAACUGUUCGGGGGUCGCACUGAAGCACUUCCGCUCCCGCCAGCCAAUCUACAUGAGUCUAGCAGGCUGGACCUGUCAGGAUGACUGUAAGUAUGAGUGUAUGUGGGUCACCGUUGGCCUCUACCUCCAGGAAGGUCACAAAGUGCCUCAGUUCCAUGGCAAGUGGCCCUUCUUCCGGUUCCUGUGCUUCCAAGAACCAGCUUCUGCUGUGGCCUCUUUCCUCAAUGGCCUGGCCAGCCUGGUUAUGCUCUGUCGCUACCGCACCUCUGUGCCAGCCUCAUCCCCUAUGUACCCUACCUGCGUGGCCUUCGCUUGGGUCUCCCUCAAUGCUUGGUUCUGGUCCACAGUCUUCCACACCAGGGACACCGACGUCACAGAGAAAAUGGACUACUUCUGUGCCUCCACUGUCAUCCUACACUCGGUCUAUCUGUGCUGUGUCAGGACCGUGGGGCUGCAGCGCCCGGCCGUGGCCAGUGCCUUCCGGGCCCUCCUUCUGCUAAUGCUGACGGCGCACGUCUCCUACCUGAGCUUCGUCCGCUUCGACUAUGGCUACAACCUGGCGGCCAAUGUGGCUAUCGGCCUGGUGAACGCGGCGUGGUGGCUGACCUGGUGCCUGCGGAAUCGGCAGCGGCUGCCCCACGUGCACAAGUGCAUCGUGGUGGUCCUGCUGCUGCAGGGGCUGUCCCUGCUCGAGCUGCUAGACUUCCCGCCUCUCUUCUGGGUCCUGGAUGCCCACGCCAUCUGGCACGUCAGCACCAUCCCUGUCCACGUCCUCUUCUUCAGCUUUCUGGAAGAUGACAGCCUCUACCUACUGAAGGAAUCAGAGGCCAAGUUCAAACUGGACUGAAGGCCCUGGAAGCGGGUCUGCCCUCUUGGGGACUCUGUCCCUCCCUGCUGGCUCCCCUUCUUCCCCCCGUCCCCGCCCCAAUCCUUGAGAUGCCUUUUUUUCCUUUUAGCAUCUUGUACUUGGACAUGGAGGGUGUGGGACCAGAAUCAUGUAACCUGCCCACCCCCUUGCUCACCCCCACAUGGCCCUCACAGUUUUUGGCGUCAGUUCAGACCUGGCCUCAUAACAUCUGGGGCUGGAAAAUGGGCAACCCCUCUGGUCCCUGGAGCUGAACAGGGCUGUUCUUAGCUCCACCGAGAGGAGGGCUGCCUCUCCCUCCCCAUCAUCUUCCUCCUCCCAUCCCCUCACUGCCUGGGUGGUUCCCAGAGCCAUCUGUCUAGCUGGGAGACCAGGUACCACAGGCCUUUGGGGAUACAGUGGGGUCCCCUUCUGUUACCCCCAUGCCCUCCUCCGGGGCACCACUAGGUGGCACUAGAUGCUUGCUCUUUGCCCAAGUUUCAAGGCAGGUCUCAUUCUCCCCAUGGGAUCUAGAGGGACCAAGCUGUUGGGAUUGGGGAGCAGCCUCACCCAGACUAUUGUCCCAGUCAGACCCCCAGGAGGCCUCACCACACUCCCUCUUCGGGGCCAGGACCCCAGAGAACCCAGGACAGGAAUCCCUCUGGCCCCUGUGCUGCUCUUCCGGUUGGGAGCCCGCAUGUGAGUGCGUAAGGGAGACCAAGUGUGUAGGUGAUGGGCUGGUGGGCACGGGCCUGGGGUGUCUGGGAUGCUGGGUGGGGCAGUGUGUGUGAGCAUUGGCCUUGUGCAGUGUGGAAAGCGGGGGUGUAUGUGAGUGGUUUUGAAGUGUGGUGUUGGGGGGCAGGCGGGUUAGUGUGGGUUAGGGGAACGUGUAGAGACUGAGUGGAGGUGCAGGGCAGUGUGAAUGCCACACAGUGGGCGGGGGGGAAUCAAAUCAUGUCCACAGCCAUUUACUGAGCACCAACCCUAUACACAGCCCCAGGCCAGGCAGAAAGCCAGGAUGUCCCCAAGAUCUGGCAGGGGUAAGGGUGUCCAGGCUGCAUGUGUGUAUAUGUGUUCCUUUCUUUUGCCGCCCUCUUUACGAACCUCAUUGGGCUUCUGCACAACCCAAGAUCUCCCCCAGAAUCAGCCCCUUGGGAGGCAGAGGGAGGAAGAAAACUGGGGAUCCUCCUUGCCUAGACAUGGUUGGCCAGCCCCUACCCCAGUGUCCUGCCUGCUAAGCCCCUUUGCCACUGCCUGACCCAGGGGAGGGAGGGGGCAAUCUGAGGCAGGAGGGGAGAAGGCUUUGGCUGGGUCUGGUUUCUGGUCUUCCCAGAGGCAGGCAGGGGCCGUGCUGUACCUACACCCUGGUAAAGGUGACCCCUGCCAGUUGCCAGCAGCCAUAGCACAUUCCUGCUCCACAAGGACAGAAUAUGGAGCUGCAGAAACUUUCCAUCCAAAGGCAGUGUCUGUGACUGGAGCAAGGAGUCGGGAUUCUCUGCCCUCUUGCCUCUCCCUGGGGGUAAGGGCGCUGAGCUAGGACUCCAACCUCAGGGACUUGGGUGACCUAUAACUUCUUUUGAUACUAAGAACUAUUUUAAGGUAGGAGGGUGGCAAGGGACAUUCUUAAUAAACCAAUUCUCAGACUCA